AUGACGACGGCGGCUAAGUCGCUAACUCGGCUCUUCUCGCUCGACUACAGGUUCUCUAAACUAGCACGAGCACAUCCAGGGUACAAGACCAUGUCAACCGCCGACAAGGCUCUGUUUGGAGAGGUCGAGCAGGUCAGCGCUGGUCCACUUCGAACGCCCUGCUUCCCAAAGCUGUGUCUCACCCCCACCUUGAGCGCUGACACGAGUUCACCUCCACACUCCCGCGCGCCUCCGUACAGCAACUGUCGCGUAUGUCGAGCGUACAGCCCGAGAUGAUCGCAUGGCUCGAACAGAGGGAACGAGAAUGGAACGAUCGAUUUGGGGCUCUGGGCCAGAACACGUUGCAUCGGAGCGACGCGACCGCGAGCACCUCCAGAGCUUCGACAUCUCGCGACACGAUUGAUUCGUCUGUUCACGCCGGCGGGUGAGCAGUGAAUGCUAGCUUUGGGCUGCAUAAGCAAGUUGUCGGAUUACUGACCCAUUGAGAUCAUGUUGCAAUGCAGAUCAUCCUCUGGAGUCGGGGCCACCCCUGCUCCGGUCAUUUCCAUCACGGAGCGACUGGCCAACUUGCGAGCAUCCGGAAUGGCCAUGAACAACGCGAGGCCGACGAAUGGCGCAGCUCACACCUCAAUACCACGUCCGGUCCCUUUACCAAUGGCGCUGCGGCAUGCUGCCGCACCGAAAGCACUGCACACUCCCGAUCUCGACGGAUUCGAUCCGUCAUCUUCGGCGACGAGGAGAGGCGACUUUGUCUCGGACAAAGCUGUCGAACGAACAGGAAGUGCGCCCCCUGUCAUUCCACCGUUGAACGAUCGGAACGAGCUCUACAAUGAUGGAGUAGCAGCGGGAAACGGCUUCGAGUCCAGUUCGAGCGCUCGGUCGAAUGAAACGUCGCCGUCCCCGACGGGUGCGACUUUCGACAGUCGCUUCCCCGGCCUCGACGAUUUCGAAAAGCUGAGCGGUUCCAACUACUCUUUCCCGGCUGUACCGUCCUUCGAACCCGGGGCAAAAGCGGGUGGAGGUUCGGUUGUUCCCAGCGGCUUCUUAGCUCCACUACGGCCCUCAACCUCGGCAUCCACAUCGGGUUACCCCUCUACACCGCCUCCCCGAUCCGAUCUACCUUCCGCACUCGUCCCCGGGGGUCGAAGAGCGGCACCACCACCACCAUUACCGUCUUCUUCAUCCUCUUCACAACCGAGCUCGCGCGCUCGCUCCGGCUCUUCCGACUCGACCUCUUUACUCUCUCGACCCCCUCCCGCUCCGCCGUCAUCGGGCUCGACACGGCAUUUCGACAUCCCCUUCACAAAUGAGGUCACACCGAUGGCCCUGCAUCACUACCUUCACCAAGCGCUCGCCGAGUCGGAUCGAGGUCCUCGGGUUCUGCUCCUCGACGUUCGGAGUCGAGAAGAGUAUUCUCGAGGUCGAAUCAUGGGCGAAAGCGUUUGUCUCGAACCGAUCAUCUUGCGGAACGGGAUAUCGUCGAGCGACCUCGAGUCGGCUUUGACCCUUUCGCCGAAUCACGAGCAACGCCUGUUCGCUGCAAGGAACUGCUAUGAUGUCGUCAUCAUCUACGAUCGAGCAUCCACGACGUUGCCAACCCUUGCACCGCAUUCGACCUCGUCGGAAGCUCAGAGGGUGCUGUGGAACCUCGUCGCCGCGAUCUACGAGAGGGAGUUCCAAAAGAGCCUCAAGCGGCAACCGGUGUUGCUCAAGGGUGGGUGGGAGGCUUGGGAAAUGCACGUUAGCAGAAAAGGGGCAGAAGGGGAUGGACUUCGCGCUGCAACGGACCCGAGCGAGCGGAGAGGGAGCGCAGGGAGCGAAAGCAAUCUGAAUCGAGACGAGCUGAAGAGGGUCAAUCGCAAGACAUCCGUCGUCACCAACCCUGGGGGGACGACGGUCAUGAGGAACGGGGCUGGAACGCCCAGUUUCAACGCUUCCUCGCCGACGUUCUCGUCGAAUGGCUUCUUCAAUGCGCCGUCGUCGUCAAGCUUUGCGAGCUCUUCAUCGAUGCCUUCGUCUGCGGGGGCCCUCGGCUCGGGUCUCAUUUCACCGCGAUUGACGAUGCCACCUCAGGCUGCGCAGCCAUCGACCGUGCGGCCCUCUUUCGACUCGGGAUACGUCAGCUCGGGCUACAACUCCUCUUCAUCGACAACAGCCUACUCCCCUCACCCUCCGCAACCUUACCUCAACGGAAUGUCUUCCUCACAAUCGCUCUCUUACCCUAGUCCGUCCCAGAACGGGUCGCCGACAAUGAGUCGAACGUUCGACAGCUACGGCGAUCUACACUCGCAAAGCUCGAGCUUGUUCAGCCCUCGAGGGUCGAUCGACUAUCCUCAAUUGCACGGGAGAGCGCUCUCCAGCCUUCCGCCUUCGACGGGUAGCAUGCGACCCUCGGCCGCUCCGGCCUUGCCCCCCGCGCCCUUGACUCGGCCACCUGCGGUUCGCGCCGCCCCUCAACGGUCCAAUGCGUCCUACACGGGCGUCUCGAUCAACUCGUAUUCGUCGAACCACUCCAACUUCCCAAGCAACUUCUCGUUCGACAACAACGCGGUUGGGCUCACCGGGCUUAAGAAUCUUGGCAACACUUGUUACAUGAACUCGACCAUACAGUGCCUCUCGGCCGCGAUCCCUUUUGCGCGUUACUUCAAGGACCGAACUUAUCAACGCGACAUCAACUUCACGAACCCUCUAGGGACCCGAGGUGCCCUGGCCGAUGCGGUGUCGGAGUUGAUCCGCGCCAUCUGGGCCCAGCAAUACAUGUUCUUGUCCCCCGUCACGUUCCGGGAAAACAUCUGUCGGUUCGCCCCCCAGUUCCGAGGAUCGGAUCAGCACGACGCGCAGGAGUUCCUCGGUUUCCUGCUCGACGGCUUGCACGAGGACCUCAACUAUGUGACCAACAAACCCGCACCGAUCGAGAUGACCCCCGAUCGGGAACACGACCUCGAGACGCUGCCGCCGCAGUUGAUGAGUGAUCGCGAGUGGGACAUUUACAAGAUGAGGAACGAUAGUUUCGUCGUGCAGUGCUUCCAGGGCCAGUUUAGGAAUCAGCUCAAGUGCUUGACCUGUGGCAAGACCUCGACGACAUACAAUGUGAGCUGGAGCUCUCAGCUUGAAACAUGAGGCGAUCUUCCGUGACUUACAAACACGCUCUUAACAGACUUUUAUGCCCCUCUCGAUCCCGAUCCCUUCCGGUCGGGGUAUUACGAAGACGACGCUCUAUGAAUGCAUUCAAGGCUUCGUACGGGAAGAGAUUCUCGACAAGGACGAUGCGUGGUUCUGCCCACGCUGCAAGACGAACCGCAAGGCGAUCAAGAAGCUAUCGCUGUCGAGGUUACCACCGAUCCUUGUCAUCCACCUCAAAAGGUUCUCGUUCCAUGGGCCGUUCAGUGAUAAGGUUCGUAACCCGAGCCGAAAGUGAGGGAGGAAGGAAAAGCAAGCUGACGUAUCUCGCGAUGAUGUACAGAUCGAAACGGUUGUGCAAUACCCCUUAUCUGGACUGGACCUCACCCCCUUCAUCCCACCACCGUUGAUGGAUAUGCGAUCGAACGCCUCGAGCAGCAAGGUGCCUCCUAAAGGCUACGUCUACGAUCUCUUUGGCGUGACAAACCAUUAUGGCAACCUCAGUUCGGGUCACUAGUCAGUCACGUUCGCCUUUAACAUACGCCAAGGAAACAAGUUGCUCACCCAUCCUUUGUUGGCUUGUUUAACUAUACAGCACGGCCUACGUGCGCAACGGCCGCGACUGGCACAACAUCGGCGAUUCCAAGGUCACGCCUGUGGACCCUCGGAUCGUCGAAGGCAACAAGUCGGCGUACAUACUUUACUUGGCUCUUCGGCAGUAG